AUCGAUAGGUAUUGUGGUAGUGCAGUGUGUUUUCAUAACACAUUUUGUUUUUUGGUCAAGUUUUGAAUAGGUUUGAAAAUGUCCUUGUCACCAGCCAGUGGCAUUGGUCGCUUCUACAAGCACUCCGCCAAAAUAAUACGCUUUGUGCGUCUCGGCUGUGCCAAUCGGCCAUUCUAUCACAUUGUCGUUAUGGAGCGUCGCAAGAACCAGCAUCAGCCUGUCAUCGAGCAGGUUGGCUCCUACGAUCCCAUGCCGAACGAAUCCAACGAACGCCUGGUGGCUCUUAACACGGAACGCAUUCGGUUCUGGCUGGGCAAAGGUGCCCACAUGUCGGAGCCGGCUGCAGAGCUGUUGGGCAUCUCCGGUCUACUCCCGGUGCAUCCCCGCACCUAUAUGACUGCCUGGCGGAAUCGGAGAGCAGCUGCAGAGGCAGAAGCAGCAGAGACUGAAACCUCCAAGGUCGACACGGCGUAGUUUUGCAUUAAUUAUAAUUAAAGUACUCAAUAAACAGUUGAUUUUUACAAAAAUUUAUGUGUAACAAGCCGAGAAUUCCACUAAAAA